GCAAAAUCGGCGGUCUCGUUCUAGCACCAGAAGAAAUCAAAAGCCAGCAUAUCUCUUUCGAAUAUUAUUUAACACCUAUAUCUGCGACAAAGUGACCUAUAGAAAUGGACGGAUAACUUACUGUUUUAAUAAAUUCAAUUUAUCGGUUAAAAGGAGGAAAAACCCGAAUUUUCGAAUGCGUUUUUAUAAGUUGGCAAUCGCAUGGUUUUCUGAUAAACAGAACGUGGUGCUAUUAAUGUGACACUCUACAAUGCGAUAAUUUAUAUUUCAUCUAUGAAAUUUGGUGAUAAAAAGUUAGAAAAGUUCGUAAAUUUAAAUUUAUUGGUUUCCUGCCCACAUCACAAACAUGAGGCUUCCUCUGUGCGCAAUAUUUCUAAUAUUAUUUUCGAUUCUUCUUCUACUCGUAAAAGCAGACAAAAAGUCCAAACGUUACGAAUUAGAAUCCGAAGAAGCGGCUUCAGAUAAAGUAUGGAAGAAGCAGAAGAACGAUGUCGAUGUUAAAGAGCAAGUAUGCAGAACUAAGGAUUGCCGGAAGAAAAAGUUCGAUGAUGACGAUGAUGAUCACGAGAAAUAUUCCAAGUAUAAUAAGAAAUUCAAUAAAAAGAAUUUUCGAGAGGAUGAUGAUGAUGAUGAUGAUGAUGACUAUGAAACCGAGAAGAGUAAUUUUCGCAAAUCCAAGAAAAAUGCGGAUAUUGAAGUUAAAAAGUCAACUAGAAAAGAUAGCAAUAGAGAUGAAGAAAAUAAAAGAAAUACUCGAUUGAAAUUUAAAAAUAAGAAAGAUGAUGAUGAGGAUGAUGAUGACGAAGAUGAAAAGGUAAAAAAACCUACAUAUGUUAAAAAGAAAAAAGACAAGGAGGAAACACGAAAAGAGGAUUCUAAUGGUAGUAAAAUAUCCAAGAAAUCCGAAAAAAAUAAAGAUAAAAAGUACAACAAAGAGUCAGAAUCAGAUGAAAACUCAAAUUUAAAAUCAAAAACCAAGAAUGAAGAAAAAGAAAGACCCCUUAAAAAAGAAAAUGUAAAAAAGACUGCUAACAACAAUCAAUUCGAAGUAAGUACAGAAGUUGUAAAUGAAGAAGAGGAUGAAAACAAUGGUAACGGUAACAACACAGAUGAUGACGAAGAUACUAAUAGUGAUGAAGAUACUGGGGAUGAAAAUAACAACAAAAAUGAGAACGGUGUUGAUGAGGAUGAUGAAGAUGAUGAUGAUGAUGAAGAAACCAAAAUAAAACAAAAAGUGUCUAAGUCUAAAAAAUGCAAACACUGCAAAAACGAAAAACCAGAUUCAUCAGAAGAAGAUGAUUCAUUCGAAGAAGAAAAUAUCUCUUCCCGAAGAAAACCCCCUAAAGUUAGCAUAAAAUACGCUCAUGAAAAACAGAAAACCAGAAAUACAGAUAUGGACGAAAGCAUUCUGAAGAAAAUUCAUGGUGUGAAGAAGAAACAACUAUUACAAGAUGACAGCGAUGAAGAUUCCAGUGAGGAAGAAAAUUUCCCAAAACGUCUCCUUUCCAUUCCUGAUGAUGAAGAUUAUUAAGGGCAAAUAAAUCAUCAUAGUUAAAUACAUCAUCAUAAAACCUUUAACACCAAAUUGUUUGUUAAUCUGUCUAAUUACGUCUUGUUAAUUUAAUUAUUUGUGUAAGUUAAAAAAUAUUCCAUUAAAAUUGUUAUUUUCCAAUAAUUAUUAAUUUUUGUAUUUCCAAGUACAUAAAGAAAUAAAAAGAAUUGCAAAAUACACAGUAA